CGCCGCAGUGGACAAUUUUGAAGACUUGCGCUUCGAUCGCGCCAUCAGUAAAAUAAGACAAGCAAACUUUCAUACAGCAGAAGCAUCUAAACUCGAACAGUAUUUGUAAGAAACUGAUCAAAAAACAUAGACGAAAACUUUGUGUGCGCCCCUUGAGAAAUGAAGCAGGUUUUGCAAUUGAGAAUUCGCGCGUUUUAUUUGCAGAAUAAGCAUGCGCUACAUCCGCUGAUACAAUGCAGACUCAUAAUCAAAGAUGGCGUCUGUUUUCCUCUUUUGUCGGGUCUGUUGCCGUCGUUAUUGAGUAUCGGAGACGUAUCAAUUCGAUUUCUUUUGCCUAUAAAAGAUUGUGCUAGCUAUACACGUUCAUCGCUGAGAAAAAUGGCAUCAGAAAUUGAUCACAAGCAAGCUGGCUCCAAGCCUCAAGAUAAUGCAGACGAUAAGGCAAAGAGAGAAGAACUAGUAGAGGCGAGAAUUAGAAUGAUGAGAAAGAAAAAUGAAGAAUUGAUGAAAAGACAACAGGAGAUUGAAGAAGAUCGCAGAAAUGCCAAUAGGUAUAGUGAAAUGGUAGUUAUAAAGAAACAUGUAUCUGGAGUCGUAAAGGAGAGUCCUGCCACAGGGAGAGGAAGAGGAAGAGGAAGAGGUCUUAUGCUGGAGGAAAUGCGCAAAGAAACUCUCAAAGCUAAACAAUGGGAGGCAAAAAGAAGAGAGAAUGUUCUAAAAGAAGAACAAGACAGAAGUCAAAGGAGCACUGGCAAGACUUCUAGUUCACCAAGCAGUUUCCUGGCAGAUGAUAGCCGAGUCGAUAUGUCAAGAAUGUCAGGAAGGAAUGAACACUCUUGGGGUGGGGCCAAUUUUAAUAAGGCUGUCAACCGGAUGCAAAGAGGAAAGGAAGGUUUUAGAUCAGGUAGGAGCAAAGGUAACAUUGAAAUGACCAUGUCUGGGAAAGAAAGGCAUCAGUAUUAUCAAUGGAGAGAGGAAAGAACGAAAAUUGACGAGGAAAGAAAAGCACGACAGAAGAAGGCUGGGAACUGGAGUCGUGCGUGGGACCAGAGGAAAAUCUGGGAUUCAACAAAGAAGAUGUGGGUGUAUGAAGGUGAUGCUGAUAAUCACAAUGAAGGCAGAAGAAGGUGGCAAGAAAGCAAUAGCUCUGAAGAUUGGGGCAGUGAGAACAGGAGUAGUAGAAUGGAUAAUAGAGGUCGUGGAAGAGAUGAGCAAGGAUCAAGACAAGGCUUUUCACAACAUCGUGAUCACGAAAUUGAGGCAACUGAAGAUUGGGGUGACACUGGUGAAAAGACAGUCAUUCAAAACAAGUUAUCUGGAUCAAAAACAAAAACAGACAAUACAUUAAGAAACCAACCUAGUAGUGCAGUUGGUGGUCUUGGUACUACUGAUUGGGAAGAGGAGAUACCCGCUGUACAAGAAAGAGAGAACUCUUGCAUUGCAAAAGAAGCAAUGAGUGAUCAUGCACAAAGAGAUGCUCUUACAUCCCAAAGAGAGCCCAAACAUGCACAAGUAGAAAAUGAUUCUGUAUCAAAUAGCCAGCAAAACAACAGCGGAGAUUCUCAGAAGAGUCAAGAAUCUUCCACUGAAGUAACAAGUGAUCAUCCACACAGUGAUGCUCCUAAACCUCAAGGGAAACCAACACAAAGGAAACUAAAUGAUGCUGUAGCAAGUGAAAACCUUAACGACAGCAAAGAGUCACACAAAGAGAAAGGAUUGGCUGCAGAAAAAAUGUCAACAUCAGAUGAAAAUGAUGUGCUUGAACCUCCAACAGGUGACAAAGAAUUAGACGUCACAGACAAGGUCCAUGAACACAUCCAUAAAGAAAGUGAAGCAAUAAGUGAGCACUUACCAAGUGGCGAUGCUGAUGGCGCAAAUAAUCCCAUCACASGAGAUGAUAAAGAUACCAGUGUACCAGCGGACGACAUACAAGACACAACAAACCUUGGUCACUCCAUAGAGAAUGUGCAAACAAAUGAAGGUGAAGACAAUGUUAGUAAUUCAUCUCGAGCACACAAGGCAAAUUUGCCCAAACUUGUCACUAAAGUUGACAGAAAGGUUACUUUUGACGCUGAGGAAAAUGAUUGCAAAACAGAUUCAGAAUCAAAGGAGAUGGCAGUGUCAUUAGACAUACCUCCUACACCAGAUUUCCUAAAAAUUGAUCAAAGUGUUGACUGGGGUGACGUUGAGGUUGAUGAGGACGAAGUUGUAGAGAGGUGGCAAUAAUUAACUAUUUCUUUCCUAUGUGUAGGCACGGUUGUCAAAAGCUUAAUGCUGCAUCAAAAUAAUAUCACUCCAAUUUAGCGGCCACCCUCAGGGAAAUGGAUAGUGGCUGCUUAAAAGGGGCUGGCUGCUUAAGAGAGGUGAAGACAAUAGUAAAAACUUCGUCGGGACUUUGAUUACUGGCCAUCUAAUAGGGGUGGCCGUUUAAUAAGUGGCCGCUUAAUAGGGGUUUGACUGUAUUCCUAUCACCAGCCUGCUUCAAAAUGUACUCAUUUGGUAUUGUAAAGAGAAAUUACAUUUUGACCACUCCUGGGAAUUAAAGACUGUAACGGUACUGUACCUACCCAGAAAAAUCAAGAUGUACCUGCUGAGGUGCUUAUAGUAUUCUUCAAAUUUACAUAUUGUUUGGAUAAGACAGUGUCCACACUGUGCCAGAGGAAUUUGAAAAUGCAGCUUUAUUUCUACGGUUAUUCCUACCAUCCACAGUAAACCGUCACAAAAAUGGGGCUUUUCGUUUACAUGUGGAUGGAAAACAUUUUGAAAAUGGAGAUUUCACAAAUGAUGUAGUAACAAUAUUUGUGAUUUUCAUGGCCCAGUUUUCCUCAAACACAAAUCCCAAAUGACCGUUGAUUGUUGGGUUUUUAAAGGAGGUCACUCUAAAAAUUGUAUAUUUUUUGACAAUGCUACUGAAAACCGUGCACUUAGUUUAGCCACUCACUGAUGUUUCAGCCUCUUAAUUGCAGAUUUUCCUUGUGGUAUUCAUCUCCAAAGAAGCCCAAAAUUCGAACAUCGUUGCUGCCAUUUUGAACAGUACUUGGCAGCCAGGCCACAUUUU